AUUCCACCAUCGCUUGCGGACAUGUAGCGUCAUUGACACAUUGCCAACAAUUGUUUCCCACCGGCAGACAGUGUCUUGUGUCUUUUGCAUCGCCUUGCGACACCAGUGUUGAUCCCUUGCGCCAUCCCAUCCUGAGCACCGCGCUGGCUCCCCCCCGGCACAGUCUAAUAAUCCCCACCCUCAAUAGCACUCGGAGCUUCACCACCUUCACAGGGCCGAAGCCAUGUUCUACGAGGGCAGCCUCCAAGAGGCAAUCCAAUCUGCGGUACAGCAGUCGAAGCUUGUUGUCUGCUUCGUGACAGACGACGAGCCAGAAAGCAUAAGAUGGGAGGCCGAGUAUCUGACAGAUGAGGCUAUCAAAGACAAGCUCACGCAGAGCGCCGUAGUGUUGCGCCUGGUGGCAGGCACUGAAGAGGCUGGCUUUCUCGAGGCUCUGUUUCCCAUACCCAGGAAGCCAACACUGGUGAUGAUACAUAAUGGCCAGCUCAAGGAGUACAUCGCGCCCAAUGUCACAAAGGAAGUGUUCCUCCAGCGAGCGAAGACCGCUUUGGACUCAACGCCAGCUGCUCCUUCUUCACAAACACAAGUACCACAGACUGGCGCCCCAGCUUCAACUGCACAGGCGCCUGCUCAGCAAUCCAGUACCCCGACCCGGCAAGAGGACGGCAAUGAUGACUUGUACGGCGAUGCUAGUCCAUUGCGUGCCAGCACGGGAGCCCCAGGGCCUAGCUCAAGUGCACCAACAGCCGCAGAGCGACAGGCGGCACAGAACCAAGCUAUACUAGCGGAGCGUGCAAAGCGGCUGGAGGCAGACAAGAAAGCGAAAGAUGCCAAGGAUAAAGCAGAGCGCGAGGCUCGCGCGAAAGCCCGGAAGGCAUCUGACGACACCGGAGGUAGCGCGGGCGCACAGGACGCAACGGAGCAACAGCAGCAGCAGCAGCAAAACAAUCAGCGAAACAUCAAGCCCGCAGAGCGCAAGCACGCGCAGGAAGUGCGGCAGCAGAAGAUCCAGGACCGUGAGCACCGGCAGCGGAUUCUGAAGCGCAUCGAGGACGACAGGCGCGAGCGCAAGGAAAAGGAUGCGCAGGAGCGGCAGGCCCGCCUUCUGCUCAACGCCACCUCGGACGAUACCAAGGACGCUGCUGCGAGUGCGGCUGCAUCGAUACCCCUGACCACGAGGCUCACGGAGUCGACCUCGUCCGGCAAGGGCAAGUCGACUGCGCACUGCAAUUUGCAAGUCCGGCUCUUUGACGGCUCGACGAUGCGCGCCCGGUUCCCCAGCGACAGCAAGCUCGGGACGGACGUCCGGACAUGGAUCGACGAGGAACGCACCGACGGCAACGCCCCGUACACGUUCCGCAUCGUGCUGACACCAUUGCCCAACAAGGCCGUGUCCAAGCCCGAGGAGACGGAUGAGACGCUCGAGUCUCUGGGCCUCGCCCCGUCCGCGACCCUCGUGCUCGUACCUGUAUCCUAUGCGGCGGCCUAUGCCGCAAACCCGCGCGGAGACGUCCUCGGGCGGCUGCUGUGGCCGAUAUUCAUGCUCCUCGGCUCCGGCUUCCAUGCCAUCGUGGGGAUACUGCGGAGCUUGUUUGGUGGCGCGGGCGGGGAUGCCGCAUCUGCAGCUCGUGCAAUGGGCGACACGACGAACAACAACUCUGAUGCGGAUGAGCCGGCAUCUUCGAGAAUGCGUGGUGAUGAUGACGAUGGGGAGAUAAGGGAGCGCAAGACGAGGAAGAAGGGCAAGAAGGCGGAGGGUGGAGAGACGAACUUGUAUAACGGCAACUCGCUGAGCUUUGAGCCGCGGAAAGACAGUGAUGACGACGAGGAUGAGGAAUGAUUAUGCCAGGGAUGUCCUCCUCGCUCGGACAUGGCAAUACCGAAGCUUCGAAUCCCAGAACAUACAACAGUAAUUUGGACGAGGCAGCGACGGAUGCAGCACAUGUUUGCUUAUUGGAAGGGUCUCGUCUGGGCAGUGUGUGUGGGUGUCAUUAUACAAGUUUUUAUUACAUGGAGCGGAGUUUGUGCAUCCGACCAAGUUUUUAAGAAGUGCAGUAGUUGCUGAUACUUCUCGAUGUCGACAUA